UCUCUCCUCAGGGUUCGGCGGGGCCGGGUGGGGYUAUGGCGGCGCUGGUGAUGGUGGUGUGCUCUCCGCUUCCACGGUUUCGCGCUCUGUUCCAGCGCUGCUGGGGGCGGCUGGAUCGCGGCCUCUGGCCGGGUGUCUUCAGGGGCCAGUGCCCGGCCUGGGAGCCAGCACUAGCUGUGCAAGGUCCAGCUCUUCUCCCACAAGGGAUAAAUGAUGCUGGCGAGAGUAGCACCAAGGCGCCCAGCCUGCUGGAGAGCAUCCUGUGGAUGGCAGCACCCAAGAAAAGACGCACCAUCGAGGUGAACCGCUGCAGGCGGAGGCAUCCCAACAAGCUCAUAGAAGUAAAGAGGAACAUAGAUGUCUGUCCUGAGUGUGGAAACUUGAAGCAGAAACACGUCCUUUGUGGCUAUUGUUACGCAAAGGUCAAAGCAGAAACUCGACUGAUACGGAUGGAAAUUCAUAAAAAGGAAGAAGGACCAUUUAAUGCUCCAACUGUAGAGACUGUUGUCCUUUAUGAAGGAGAAAAGCCCACAGAAGAAGAUAAAGGCAAACGGAUCAUUGAAAGAGCCAGGAAGCGUCCUUCUUGGUUUGUUCAAAAUUGAUGCUGUAGAAUUGACGGUAGCAGAAAAUUGCUGCAGGAAGAGAAAUUAUUUUCAAGAAUGUUUUUCUCAUUCUCUCAGUGUGAACAGAACUCCUCUGAACUUUUGGGAAGCCUACUUAAAUAUUGUGUCAUGCCAUAUGAUUUUACAGUCAGGUAUUGUUUCUCUAGCAUGCAGUGGGAAAUGCUUCUCAGUUAUACAUCUGGAUUUGGACAUCUGUGUACAGUACACUGAAUAAUUUGUAUGCUAAUGUUCUGGUUUUGUAAAUAACAUCUUUUAAACAAAGGGAAAACACAUUCAUGGAUGUACAAUAAAGUUUGUUAAAGUGUCCCAGGGAAA